UCAUUAAAGUACUUAUUUGGCAGGUGCACUUUCUUAACUAUUUUAUAACUUAAUUUAAGUUUAGUAUGGAUACUUACACACGUAACAAUUGAGAAUCACCCGGCAGCUGGUAAAAAACGACUUAACUAGUGCCUCAAGGUGGGUGAACUAAUAAGGAGGGAGUGAUACUUACUUUUCCUUUUUCGGUUCUACGACCUCUGUAAGAUUUUUUUUUACAAUGGCUACUCCUGAAUCAUUGGCUGAGAUGACUGAUGUGUCACAAAUUCUAAAACAAUGGGAGAAAGACCAGACCUCACCCACUUACGAUCCAGUACCAAUACUGCAUCGCUUGGCUGAAAUAAUUGAACUAGAAAUGGAAAAUUAUUACAAAAUAAAUUCUGAUCCAUUUGAUGAUAGAAAUUUACUGAAUUCAGAUCAAGAUUGCAUUAACCACACUAUUAAAGUUUUGUUCAAGAAAAGCAACUUUAGUAAUAAGUUAUUCUUUCAUUACUUGAGAGAUAAUUAUUGGCUACAACUUGGUAUAACUAACAGGCAUGUUGAAGACGUAAAUAUAGCAGCUUGUAGAUUAAUGUUAAACAUCUUUCCAAGACUUGAUCCCAUAUCGGUAUUUUAUCCUACAACAGAGAUUUUAAUUAACCAACUUUUUUCUUGGGCAGAAGAGAGUUGUGAGCCGUUACAGAGUUAUGCUACGGGCUUGUUGGCUACUGCUAUGAAAGUGCAAGAUCUUGCUUCAAAUUUUCGUGAAAAAAAUGGAAAAAUGGUGCCUUUAAUGCUCAAGAGAUUGCAAAAGCUUCAAAAAGAAGCAGCAAAGGAAAGACUGGCAAAUGCAUGCCAGAAUUUCUCUUACUCAGGUCAUAAUAACAGAUCAAACAGUGACUUGCCAGAUACAGAAAAAAAAAAGUAUCUUAAAAAAAGAAAACUAAGAGAUAAAAAGCGGCAAAAUGGAUCAUUAACAAAGAAAUUUCAGGAAUUGAAUUAUUCUUCAUCCAACAGUGAGUCAGAAGAUGAAAAUACUUUUGAAAAUUCGUUGUUACCGUCCAAAAAGUUGAAAUAUGAGCGUGAACAAGAUAAACCAGGUGGAAACGGUAUCUUACUCUCAGAACCAACAGUUUCUCGUACCACGAUAUCUACGCCAAAAAAAAAUGCCAAAGUAUCUCUGGUGACUAUUGUGUUUCUUGGUUACAAUCUUUUUUUAAUUUUAAUCCUAAACUGAUGGAAUUUUAUUUGAUAGAAUGCCAUUCUAUCAAAACAGAAUAAUAAUGAAGCCAAAGGUAACUCAACUGGGCUUGAGGAACACUCAAAACCAUGUUUGGCUGAAACGCAUACUAACGUUCCCAAUGUACAGAUCUACCCACCAACGUUAGCAACGAAACAAAUAUUUAUAGUGCGAUACUUAACGCCAAUGGGCUUCACUCAAGAAUUCCUGAAUCACGUAGUGGAGCAUAAUAUUUUGGAGCUUCUUUUCGAUUAUAUAAAUAUUAGUAAAACGGACAGUCAACUAGUAUGUGAUGCUCUAAAGUAUCUUGCCUCUCUGCUCAGCCAUAAGAAAUUUCUCAUGGAGUUCAUCAGUAUCGGCGGGCUGCAACGACUGCUCGAUGUUCCAAAGUCGAGUGUAGCAGCAUCAGGUGUUUGUAUUUGUCUUUUAUGCCUUGCUCAUUGUGAGGAUGCUAUGGAAAAAGCCUGCGUCUUGCCGAAAAAUGUAAUUACGGAUCUUGUAACAUAUACACUCUGGCUGAUGGAAGAAGGUUACGUUUCGGGAAGAUGCUAUGCUAUUAUGUUCUUUAGUCUUUCGUUUGCAUUUAGAGUUAUAUUAGAUGAGUUUGAUGCGCAAGAUGGUUUAAAGAAAUUUAUUAAUAUGAUGUCAAGACUGUCACUUUUGAACAUUGACAAUCAGCUGUUUUUCACUGAAGAAGAAGAAUUAGCUGCUCGACAAAUUUUCCGAGUCGUAACCAUAGCUUUAAAAAAAUACAUGGAGGCUCAUCUGUACUGGAAAGUUGAACGACUCCAGAGGAUAGAAAAUGCAAGAAAUGAGCACGAGUUCUUCCAACUGUCUCUUCCUUCGUACAAAGCGUGCAAAUUAAAUUUUGAAGAAGUACAAGAAAAAAUCGAAAUGUUGCAAAAAUUGAUGAACAUUAGCUCGUCGUGGCCACCUGUGGAGCAGCUUCACAGUUUGGGCGGCACUCAUUGUAUGUUUAAGAUUUUAGGCCUUCUCCGUGAAUGGAGUGCUGCUGGACGCGUAACGAACUUGACUGGAGAAACGGUACGUGCCUGUCUGGACGUUAUAGGAAUAUGUUCAGUAGUACCCAAAGUAAUGCUAUUGCUGUGUGAACGCGUUGGAAUGCCGGGUGCAACAAUAUCAAACGCUGUUAACCUACUCGCUGCAGCUGAGUGCGAAAUCAUCCAGGAUCCAGAUGUGCAGCGCGCGGCGUUGUAUACAUUGAUAAAUUGCGUAUGUGCACCAACGAGUAGCACAGAGAAUAAUCCAGCUAGGUACUCUGCCACAGACUCAGCCAAAAAUCAGACUAGUUGGCUGAGCAAAGCAGAAAUCAUGCAGCAGAUAUGGGAAUGCGUCCAAUCUAACAACGGCAUUAUGAUUUUGUUACAACUUAUGAAAAUAAGGGUGCCGAUCACUGACGCAGACAGCAUCCGGGCUCUGGCUUGUCGAGCUUUAGCUGGCCUCGCCAGGAGUGAGAAAGUCAAACAAAUCAUUAGUAAAUUACCAAUGUUUACUGAGGGGCAAAUACAUGCUCUAAUAAAGGAUCCGAUACUUCAGGAAAAGAGGCAAGAGCAUGUGAUGUUUCAAAAGUAUGCCCUAAAAUUAAUUGAGUGCGUGUCUGGAAAGACUAAGCCAAUUUUUACGAAACACGAAGUUUCCUCAGCUAGUAUACAUAAGGCCAAUGUAGUUGCGCAAACUAAAAUACAGUAUAAUAAACAGCAGUUAUUCCAGCUUAUUCAGCAACAUUUGUUAUCAGAAGGUUUAACUGAAACUGCGGCAACUUUGCAAACAGAGGCAAACUUGGAUACUUCAACAACAGUACUAAAAUCAUCAACUCAUAAUUUGAAAAACUCAAUAUCUACCAGCCCAAGUUCAGGGUUCUCUCCAGUGGCUUCCACUAAUCUGUAUAAAACAAAGUGUAGAUUAAGAGAUGCCACACUAACAGGUGCAAAUACAACUCCGACAACUUCGUUUCGAUGUGUUGUGCAUACUAGUGCAGUUGCUUGUCUUAAUAAGCAUUCUGACAGUAUAAGACUCGAUGAUUCUUUGAAUCAAAGUUUAGUUUCAAAUAAUCUGACGAGUCCAGAAAAAAUGUCAGACGAGCAGCAGCAGCAGCUUUCGACGAAUCAAACUAGUAUUAAUGUUAAUACGAGUCCGAGUAAAAGUCAACAAGCAUCAUGUAGAUCUCAGAUGAAACAGGUUUCUCGAGAUUCCAUAAUAGGAGCCCCUGUAGUAGGAAUUCCUCCUGUAAAGAGUAAUGAAAUUACGCUUGAUUCCAUUGUUACGGGAUAUUUAACGAAUCAACAUGCGCUAUGUAAAAAUCCUAUGGCUACAUGUCCGCAAUUUAAUUUAUUUGAACAUCAUCGAUGUCCUGAUCCGUAUAAAAAGAACACAGCACCGAUUAAUAUUACAAUGAGAUUGUCGAGGAGACCAUUCGGAUUCGAUAGUAGGCGAUUAGACAAAAGGUUUAUUUACAGUCGAUUUUGUCCAGUCAGGAGCUUCCGUCCUUUAAGUGCUGAUACCGAUUUCUCAUGUUGUACCUUUUCCCCUUGCCAACGAUAUCUGUUUCUUGGCACAAACGGUGGUGGAGUACAUAUGUUUAAUACCGUAACAGGUGUGUCCGAAAAAACUCACAACUGUCACAAAUCUUACUUAUCAAAUAUCUCGUGUAACGACCGAGGUGAUCUGCUCCUGACUUCUUCAGCUUGGGAAGCACCAUUGUCUGCUUUGUGGGCUCUUGAAUCGGGUUUUAAAGUCAAAUUACAAAUGGGAAAAGAAAGUUAUGCAGAAUUCAGUAAACAGCAAGAUAAGAUUAUAGCUACAGCAAACUUAGAAGCAGUUAUUUACGACAUCAAUACCGGUACAAAAGUCAGUACUUUUUCGUCUCGAAUAUCAAAUCGAUACGAUAAUAAUAAAGCGACUUUCAGUAUGAAUGAUGAGCUACUCCUAAGUGAUGGUAUCCUCUGGGAUGUGAGUUCAGGAAAGGAAAUUCACAAGUUUGACAAGUUGAAUAAAACAUUAAGUGGAGUUUUUCAUCCUAAUGGUACAGAGAUAAUAUCCAACAGUGAAGUUUGGGAUUUGAGAACCUUUAACUUGUUAAAAACAGUGCCAGAGUUGGAUCAAAUGAACGUUAUUUUUUCUCAACAUAACAACAUCAUGUACGCUUUCUCUGUCGAUAGGGUAAACGAAUUCGAGACUACGUCCUUUAAAACCUUUGAAGCGUUUGAUUAUAGUAGUAUCACUACGAUCGAUACAAAUCGAUGUAUCCACGAUUUGGCUUGUAAUAAAUAUAACACUCAAAUUGCUCUAGCAGAGAACUACGGUGAUUUUAACUUUAUGCAAAAAUCGUAUGUUCGGUUGUACGAUGUUGGAAAAAGUAAAGAUGAUGAAAGUGAGAUUGUAAAAGAUGAGAGCCAAAGAGGUGAUGUAAAUACCAGUUCAGAUUAUUACGAUGAUGACGACGACGAUGAUGAUGAAGAUGAUGAUGACGACAGUGUUGUGAGUGAAGAACCCAAUGAGGAUGAUAAUGAUGGAAACAGCGACGCCAACUUGUCUGCCUCAGAAUUACGUUUCCCUGGAUCUUCAUCAGACGAAUUUGACAGUUAUAGUGAUGUGGAUUUCUUUUUGUUUUAAAAGUGCUUCAAAUUAAAUAAUUUACUGGGCAUGUGUACAUAAGCACUAUGUUUUGUGUGUGAAUCUAAUCAUUACUAGAUUUAUAAUUUACGCUGAUAACAUAAACCAGAGUCAUCUUUCAUAUGAUUGCAAAGUAGCUCAAGUGUGACUUGAGUAAAAACUUUGUUUAUCAUUUAGUUGUACAAGAAAAAAAGUUAGGAGAAAUGUCUUUUUUUACUUAAUAUUUUUAUCCGCAAAUAAAUGGGGAAACAUUUUUUGUGUAGCUGAUUAAAAAAAAAAUCAAAGCUGCAUCAACUUAAUAUUGCGCAGACUUUUGUUUAAAAAAAUGUAUACUAAGAUGUAAACUAUUUUCAUAAUUUAGACUUUCUUGUUGAUAAUGAUUGUACAGCGUUCCGAAAAAAGCAUGUGUGAUUAAAAAGUUAACGAAACAGUUAUUGUCAUAAAACGAAUUGAUGAGUCAUAAAAGUAUGAAAUUACUAUUACAACUUUGUUAAUUAAGCAGUGAACAUGAUUAAAGUCAACCAUUUAUCAUCAAAGCUGUUACCAUUUUCUGUUUUUGUUUAAUAUUUAAUAUACAACAGAUGAGUA